CAAUAACAGAGUCUCUGAAAUCGGAGCCAGUUCUUCGUUUUCAUGAAUUUCUCACUCACAACAGUGUCGAAGCUGAGUUGCAGAUUCACACAUGGCGUCGUUAUUCAAGGAUCCAUCGAAGCUUUCAGCGUAUAGAGAUAGAAGAUUCCCUGGAACGCAAGAGGAUUUUGAGCAGGCGCUUCUGAAUUCAACAACUGUUUACAUAGGGAACAUGUCGUUUUACACAACGGAGGAGCAAGUUUACGAACUGUUUUCCCGAGCUGGAGAAAUCAAGAAGAUCAUCAUGGGCUUGGAUAAGAACACUAAAACGCCAUGCGGCUUUUGUUUCGUUUUAUAUUACUCACGGGAAGAUACUGAGGAUGCUUGCAAAUACAUAAGUGGGACGAUACUUGAUGAUCGCCCUAUUCGUGUUGAUUUUGAUUGGGGAUUCCAGGAUGGCAGACAAUGGGGUCGCGGUCGUAGUGGUGGUCAGGUGCGUGACGAAUAUCGCACGGAUUAUGAUCCUGGUAGAGGUGGUUAUGGGAAGCUGGUUCAGAAAGAGUUAGAAGUACAAAGGCAGCUUGUAGAUUAUGGUGCUGGGUCUUUGGGCUCUUUUCCGCCAGUUAUUCCAACUUCCUAUGGUAGACAUGGUGGAAGCCAUGGUCAUGGUGGUUCCCAUCGGCAUGGUAGAGGUAAUUACUAUAGGAAAAGACACAGAGAUGAUGACCGCCACACACACGAGUCCUCAAAAAGAACAUCAGAUCAUGAAACUCGAAGAAACUCUGACCAUGAAUCUAGACCGGAAAAAAAUCCACGGUUUCGUGAGAGCGGGGAUUCUGAUGAUGAGGAGGAAGAUGAUAGAAAAAGACGGGCUUAAGCAGAAUUUCAUAAUUGAUCAAGUUGUUUUUUGCAUUGAAAAUUCUGUGCUCACAUGAUUAAAAGUGUAAGAUAGUGUUGUAUAUCAUUGCAAAUUGCAAAUAUCUUACUGUUAGGUUAACCUUGUUUGAAAUUCUAGGCUGGAUCAGCUGCAUAUGGCUGUGCUAUGUUUGAAAUUCUGUCUUGUGCUUCUGUUUUUGGCCAUGAUCAGAUUCUAGUUAUCUUACUCGCAUCUUAUGCGCAAUGGUUCG